CGAGCGCACACACGCUGUGGAGAGGCUGCCGCUCCUCGCUGUGUGUGUCUUUAACACACAGAAAACCGAGAUAAGGCGAGGAGGAGCUCCGCCGCCACACGCUCGUCCGCGUAAACGGGGAGGCUGUUAGACGCACUUGGAUUACCGGGCAGUCAACUGUCACCGCUCAUAACGGCUACAGAGCGGCGCCCUGCCCCGCGCUCCCUUACCGCGCGCUCCGCCGGCCAUUAAUUCAUCUCAUAAAAAAGAGAAAAGGGUAGACACCCGGGUAAAGCCGCGGCAGCAGUAGCAUUUGAUUGAUUUUUUAUUGUGGGGUUUUAUCUCCGUGGAUGAGAAAAAAAAAAAGUUUUUUUUAUUUUUUUAUUUUUAUUGACACUGCGUUAAAUAGGAGCGCAGAAGCAGGGAGCCAGUCUCCGAGGAAGGACAGCAGCAGCGGGCUUCUCUGAACCCUCCUCAGCAUCUUUGUUCUUUCACUGGGGCUGCAGUUUCUAAAAUCUGUUCGAGUAAGAGAGUUGCCUGUGAGUGGAAGAUAUGAAGUUAGUGGGCUCCCUGUGGAUCCUUUGGGUUCUCUUGGUGUGCAAGGCUGCAGCAGGCACUGGGCCAAUCUCAGACCCAUCGCUCAGGCCUGGACAGAGCAUGACAGAGGGACAGAGCCAGGCGGCGAGCCAUAGUCAAUACAAAUGUCUUGAGCUGUCCAACAAAGACCACCAAGAAAACAGAACUGGUACAUUCUGUGGACAUUUGUGGGAUGGUUUGUUGUGCUGGGGUGAGACACCAGCUGGGACAUCUGUAACACAAAACUGUCCAGAUCAUCCCGACCUGGACCCAACUGAAAAAGUGACCAAAUAUUGUGACGAAUUGGGUAACUGGAUUGAGACUGGCUCCACCUGUCAGCCAGCUUCAAAGGACAAAUUAGAGAAGGAAGUCCCCCAUUUUUUAUGGGAUGCUGAAAGAGAGGUGACCACGGAGGCCACUGGGGUUAACACAGAAGAACGCAGUGUUGUGGAAAAAAAGAUCCUCAAGAAUGAAAAGAAAUGCUUAGAGAAAAUGAAACAAGAUCCACCUUAUCAUAAAUCAGGUCUGUACUGCAGCCGUAACUGGGAUGGCUGGCUGUGCUGGGACGAUACUCCAGCGGGAACCUAUGCCUCCCAAAACUGCCCUGAUUAUUUUGUUGACUUGGACCCCACAGAAAAGGCAACUAAAUACUGCGGAGAGGAUGGGCAAUGGUUUCACAAUCCAGAGAGCAAUAGGAUUUGGACCAACUAUACACUCUGUACAACAUCCCAUGAGAAGAGACUGAGGGAACUGAAAAGGCUUGAGAAUGAAUACAAAUGCCUUCUGAAAAUAAAUCAAGAUCCAUCUCUAAACAUAUCAGGUCUGUACUGCAGCCGUAACUGGGAUGGCUGGCUGUGCUGGGAUGAUACUCCAGCAGGAACCUACGCCUCCCAAAACUGCCCUGAUUAUUCUUCAGAUAUGGACCCCACAGAAAAGGCUACUAAGUACUGUGGAGAGGAUGGGCAGUGGUUCCGCCAUCCAGAGAGGAACAAGACCUGGACUAACUAUACACUGUGUGCUGUCAACACAAAGGAGAAGUUGAAGGCAGCCGCCCAGUUCUCAGGGGACACUGAGGUACAGCCCAUCGAUGAGGCCACGGUCAGCCCUCCGGUAAACCCCGAAGAGCAUGAAAUCGUGCGAAAGAAAAUCCUUGACAGCCAGUACAGAUGCUUUGAGAAAAUGAAUCGAGAUCCACCUUAUAACAAAUCAGGGCUGCACUGCAGUCGUAACUGGGAUGGCUGGCUGUGCUGGGAUGACACCCCGGGGGGAACCUACACCUCUCAAAACUGCCCCAAUUAUUUUGUGGACUUUGACCCCACAGAAAAGGCCACUAAGUAUUGUGGGGAGGAUGGUCAAUGGUUUCGCCACCCGGAUACCAACAGGACUUGGUCCAACUACACGCUCUGCAACGAAAACACAAAUGCGAAAUUGAAGUCAGCGUACAUCCUGUUUUACAUGGCAAUUGUGGGUCAUGCUUUAUCCAUAGCCUCCCUGCUUAUCUCUCUGGCCAUCUUCUUCUACUUCAGGAGUUUGAGCUGCCAAAGGAUCACCCUCCAUAAGAACCUCUUCUGCUCCUAUGUGCUCAAUUCUGCCCUCACCAUCAUCUACCUUGUGGGUGUGGUGAACAAACCUGAAGUGGUUAGCAAAAACCCGGUUGGCUGUAAGGUGUUGCACUUCUUCCACAUGUACAUGCUGGGCUGCAAUUAUUUCUGGAUGCUCUGCGAAGGCAUCUACCUGCACACACUCAUCGUGGUAGCUGUGUUUGCAGAAGAGCAGCAUCUGCACUGGUACUACCUCCUAGGCUGGGGCUUUCCACUAGUCCCUGCAUCUAUCCACGCCGUGGCAAGGAAAAAGUAUUUUGACGACAACUGUUGGAUGAGUGUGGAAACCCAUCUGCUCUACGCAGUUCAUGGUCCUAUAGUAGCAGCGCUUCUUGUGAACCUGUUCUUCUUACUAAAUAUCAUAAGAGUGUUGGUGACCAAGUUGAGAGACACACACCGGGCGGAGUCCAACAUGUACAUGAAGGCAGUGAGAGCCACUCUGAUCCUGGUGCCCCUGCUGGGAAUACAGUUUGUCAUUUUUCCCUGGAGGCCAGAGAACCGGCUGGCUGGGGAGGUCUACGAGUACAUCAUGCACAUACUCAUGCACUACCAGGGUUUACUGGUGGCAACGAUAUUCUGCUUCUUCAAUGGAGAGGUGCAGGCAGCUCUAAAGAGGCAGUGGAUGCAGUACAAGACCCAGUGGGGUCAGAGACGAAAGGAUCACUGCUCAAUGCGCUCAACGUCCUACACGGCCACCUCCAUCUCAGAGGUACCCGCCUUCAUGUACCACCACGACUGUAACAGCGAACACUUGAAUGGCCGCCACACAGAGGAUUCUGAACUGGUGGCACUAAAAUCAGGAGACACGUACGCAUGAGUCACACUGUGGAUAAAGAGCGGAGCGGUGGGAACACAGCCGAGGAAUAGAGCAACGGAGAUGUACAGUAAGCACAGAAAAUGAAUCUGGUUUUCCCACCAUAACUCAGUGAUUAAAUCUCAGAGGCUAAUGCUGGUUUGUUCAGCCCAGGACGAUAAUACGGGUCUGGAAAAUAAAGAGCUCUUCGGGAUGGAGGUGGAUUAGCUACAAAACUGACACUUCAUUCUACUUUACAUUGGUGUUGUGGCUGCUUUUUGAGAACUUUGAUAUUGAGAACUUGUGGCAUGAGACAAGAGCUGCUUCUGACAUGUGUCACUUCCUAAAGCUGCUAAACUGCGAGCAUGCUCACAGUAACUGAGGCUUGUGUCAGUGUGGAGAUGGAAAUAACUGUGACUGAGAUGAUGACAGCAAUGUUUUCUGUUUGAGAUGAUGGUGCUGAAUGUAACAGUGACGAUGAUACUAAUUAUUACUGACAUGAUGAAGAGGUGAAUGACAGUUACACUGGUGUAAUGAUGAUGAUGAUUAACAAGGUGAAGGAGAAUCCUUCCUAACCUCACCUUUUACCAAAGGGUACUGUAUGUCGGUCACAGCUAUGAAGGGGUGUACUGUGUCUAGUUGAGCACAGAUGUAGUACUCUGAAGCAAAAGACACACACACAUGCAUACAUCACAAACCUGAUCAUAUGUGCCAUGAUAGAGGUCAAAAUUUCAAAAGACCCUCUCUGCUUAAAGCUCUGGAAUUGUGUACAUAAUGUAUGUUUGUCAUGUUUUAUUUGAAAAAGUGUUUAAAUGUUUUAAAAGGAUUUUAUUUUUGUUUUCUAUUAAUAUUUUAUUCUUGGCAGAUCCUAAGUAUGUGCUACGUGUUUGUCCUGUGAUGCUGCACUCCCAACUGCUUUGUUGUUUUGCAGUUGCUGUAUUUGUGCCAAUGCCGAACUUCACAGGGCUGAGAAGCAAAAAGAACCUAAAUGCACACACAAAAAAUCCACGAAUAAAAAAACUUUAUUUUGAGGUUCAA